UUUUGACUGAGCAAUCUUUGUAUUGUAUUGAAGGCAGGAGAGGGCAGGGCAAAAGCGAUAAACACUAAACGGUGCAUCAUCUUCACUCUGCAUCAUCUUGCUAGAAUUCUCAAAGAUGGAGAAGAUAGAACACACGUGGGUCAACACCAACGGUAUUAAAAUGCACGUGGCAUCCAUAGGUUCGGGCCCCGCCGUCCUCUUCCUCCAUGGCUUCCCUGAGCUCUGGUACUCAUGGCGCCACCAGCUCCUCUCCCUCUCCGCCCAAGGCUACCGCUGCAUCGCCCCCGACCUCCGCGGCUACGGCGACACCGACGCCCCUCCUUCCCCCUCCUCCUACUCCGCUCUCCACAUCGUCGGCGACCUCGUCGGACUCCUCGACGCCCUCCGCAUCGACCAGGUCUUCCUCGUCGGCCACGACUGGGGAGCCGCUAUGGCUUGGUACUUCUGCUUGUUCAGGCCCGAUCGGAUCAAGGCCUUGGUCAACAUGAGCGUCGUUUUCCGUCCCAGAAACCCUAAGUGGAAGCCCCUUCAGAGCUUGAGGGCUAUGCUUGGCGAUGAUUACUACAUCUGCAGGUUCCAGAAACCUGGGGAGGCCGAAGAAGAGUUUGCCCGAUCUGGUACUUCAAGAAUAAUAAAAACAUUUCUUGUGUCGCGCGAUCCACGCCCACCUUGUGUGCCCAAGGAGAUCGGAUUUGGCGGUUCACCUAAUCUUCAGCUUGCUUUACCUUCAUGGCUGACUGAAGAAGAUGUCAAUUAUUAUGCUAGCAAAUUUGACCAGAAAGGCUUCACAGGCGGGCUAAAUUACUAUCGAGCUAUUGACCUAACCUGGGAGCUGACAGCACCGUGGACUGGAGUACAGAUCAAAGUUCCAGUGAAGUUCAUUGUGGGAGACCUGGAUGUUACCUAUAACACUCCGGGUGUUAAGGAAUAUAUACAUGGCGGUGGCUUCAAGAAAGAGGUGCCAUUCCUGCAAGAACUGGUUGUAAUGGAAGGAGUAGCUCACUUUAUAAAUCAGGAAAGGCCAGACGAGAUCAGCGCCCAUAUACACGACUUCAUAAAGAAAUUUUAAUCUCCAUUAUCCUUCGUACAUUCUAUUUUCA